AUGAAGUUGCUUUCCUUAAUCCUUGCUGCUCCUAUUGCUCUUGGGGCUCCUAUCCUCGAGGCGAGGGAGGAUACGACUAUCCCGGGCGAGUUUAUCGUUGUCUUGAAGCCCGAGACGACUAGUGAUGGUAUCCUAAGCAGUAUCCAGUCAGCGACAGAUAUCCUUGGCGGACUGGCCCCAAAGUUCAGCUAUACGCUCGGCAACUUCAAAGGCUAUCAUGUCUCCGCAGCAAACGGAUUGAUCGAAACGAUCUCGAAACUGAGUGAGGUUGCAUACAUCGAGCCGGAUGCCAAGGUUUCUUUGAAUGCUCUGGUAACUCAGAGUGAUGCCCCAUGGGGGCUUGCCCGAAUUUCUCACGUAGAACCCGGAACGACAGAAUACAUCUACGACGAAUCAGCCGGAGAAGGAACCUACUCGUAUAUCAUCGAUACUGGUAUUUAUACUGAGCACCCUGACUUUGAAGGCCGGGCAACGUGGGGCGCCAACUUCGUUGAAGGCGAAGAAAACGUUGACGGCCAUGGUCAUGGUACACAUGUCGCAGGAACUACUGGCUCAGCAACAUACGGUGUAGCCAAGAAAACCAACCUGAUCGCUGUCAAGGUCCUUAGUUCUGAAGGUUCUGGUUCAUUGAGUCAGAUAAUCGCAGGUAUUCAAUGGGCCGUUGACGACGCAACCAGCAAGGGUCGCAUUGGGAAAGCUGUGGCAAACAUGUCACUGGGGAGCUUGCGUUUGUUCUCGCAAUCCGUCAACGAUGCUGCAGCAUCAGCAGUUGAGGCUGGGCUGUUCCUGGCUGUUGCGGCAGGUAACGAUGGUCUUCUCGCCAUCUUGCAAUCGCCCGCAUCCGAGCCGAGCGUCUGCACCGUUGCAGCGACUGAGUCCAACGAUCAGCGUGCUUCGUUCUCUAACUGGGGACCCGGUGUUGACAUCUUCGCACCUGGCGUUGACAUCAUCUCGACCUGGAACAACGGCUCGACCGGGAUCAUCUCCGGAACAUCCAUGGCCACGCCGCAUGUCACUGGCCUGGGCGCGUACCUGUUGGCGCUCGAGGGAGAGCGUGAUCCCAUUGCCCUCUGUGAGCGAAUCCAGGCGUUGGCAAACGAAGGUGUCGUGGGGUUGGCCUUGUCGUCGAACAACCUCCUUGCAUACAACAACGCAGGAGGCGCCUGA